CAUAUGUUGAAAACCCCUUUCAUAUGAUUAUCGAGAGGUUCUCACCCUGGUGUAUAUUUUUAUUUUUCAAUUUACCCUUUAGGAGUUUUUGUUUACAAUAGUAAAUUUUAAAAAAAGGAGACAGUAGUUAUGCAUGAGUUAAGUUAUCAUCCUUAAAUGGACACUUUCAGUUGGUACAAUGUAGAUAAUGGGAACUCUUAUAAAAAAAAUGUAACAAAAUCCGUUCCGCUUUGCAACCUGAACAAUCUCCAGCUUAGGUUCCUAUGCCCAUCAGACCUUGAAGAGGUGAGGGCCCUUUGCAGAAAUUGGUUUCCCAUUGACUACCCUUACAACUGGUACGAGGAGAUCACAUCAAACCCUAGGUUUUAUUCUUUAGCGGCCAUAUAUGAGGGUGUCAUCAUCGGGCUUAUCGUCGCCGAAAUCAAGUCGUUUUCCAAAUUGAACAAAGAGGAUAAGAGCAUACUCUCGACAUGCUUCGGCAAGUCUUCUUCAGUCGCGUACAUGCUAUCCCUGGGCGUGUCCGAGGUCCAUCGAAGGAACGGAAUCGCCUCUUUACUCUUGGACAAUUUGAUAUCUCAUCUGACCGCCCCGGAAAACAGAGAUUGCAAAGCUCUUUUCCUUCACGUCCUCACUACGAACAAACCUGCGAUCCAUUUUUAUGAACACCGGAAUUUCAGGCUGCACAGCUUCCUACCGUAUUAUUAUUAUAUUAAAGGUAUGUCCAAAGAUGGUUUCACAUAUGUGCUGUAUUUAAAUGGAGGCCACUCACCUUGGGGACUCUAUGAUUAUUUGAAACACUACGGCCAUUACUUGUUAAGAGGAGAUCUCUGCAGGUGGUUUCUGAUUUGGUUGAGAUCUGCCUUCAUGUGGGUCUUGCCCGGAAUGAGAAGAAUGGCUAUGGAAAACACAACUGUUGUUUCAGUGUCCGAAUUCCCUUGGACGAAAUAGUCUCCGACUUCCU